GAGAAAGGAUCCAAGGGAACCUGUCCCAACUCGUAUUAAGAACUAAAACUUGGAGAAGUAAUGAGAACCGAGGAAUUGACUGCUGUGUCUGGAUGGAAAAGGAAGAAGAGGUGAUCGAGGGCUUAGAGAAGGUAGUCAUAGGAGAGGAGACCAUGGAGGUGGAGGAGGAGUUGGUUGCAGAGGAAAGCCAUCUCAAACCCUCGAGAACUGUUGAUCUGCUUCGUAAAUUUCUCGCAGUUCAGCAGCGAAGGGCUGAAGCUUAUGCAAAGUUACGAAGUGGGUUUACCGAAUAUAUGGGUGGGGGAGGCGACUUGGCCUACCAACAACUUUGCAGUGAGAUUACAGUAGAGUUCAGUGAUUGCUCAAAACAAGUCCUCGAAAUGGAAUCUCAACUUCUGAACCCUGAUUUAUGCCGAGAUGAUCUGGCUUGCCUAUUGAGAGAUGUUCAGGUGCAGGAAAAGCAGAAAUUACAUCUGACAGCGACAAUUCAGAUUUUAAAGAAGGCUGGCCGUCCCUCGGAACGUCUAGUAACCCAUGAGCACUGCAGUUUUAGCCAGCCAGCAAAGCAUGAGUGUGUGCAUGUCCAUGAAAUAACAGAAGCUGCAGGAACUGAGGACGCUGAGGCAGAUGCAGAGUAUGACAGUGCCCUCAAUGAAGCCAUCAGAGGGGUGCAGGAUGCAGUGACAAACAUAAACGAACAUCUAGAGGAAGUCAGAUAUGAGAUUGAGGCACUUGAAGCUGAGUAAUUUCUUAAACUUCAUAUUUGGUUUAGAUUGCUCAACUGGGGAGCAUACGUUGCCCUUGUGUCUCUAACCAUGUUGGCGUACAUGUCUUAUAUUAUGCAUAUUAAUUUGGAAAGUUUUUCUAGUCCACCAGGUCUAGAGAGUGUCUUUGGGCUGGUACAAGCAUCUGCCAUGUGGCAGAUUGGAUAGAAUUGAAAUUGUGGACAAAUGGAUCUAAAGGUCCUCUGCCCACAGAUCAAGUUUCAGUCAAAACAGAGUUGGCCAAGUGGCAAAAUAAAGUAUUAAAAAUCUAGUGGAAAAUGAAGGUUUUCUAGAAAGAAAUGUACGGCUGAAAAUGCAAGGAAAUAUGUCAAACAUAGGAGUGUAUUGUGGUUGAAUCUAAGUCUGAAAUUUGACUGUCCAUUCUAGACCAUUUUCAAGGUAUCCAUAUGGUCAAGAUUGCCAUAUCACCCUUUCACGUGGCAAAACAUGGUGUCAGUCCAGAGAUACUCUCUAGUCUUGUUGGACUAGAAAUUUUAUUCCCCUUUAAUUCAUUAUUUUUGGUUUUGUUCCUGUA